CAUCCCACCAAGGAUAGAAAAUUGCCCCGCGUCACACGUUCAAUGUUCAACUGUUCGCCGGAAGAGUCAAAAAAAAAUAAAAAAAUAUCGGCAUCUUAUCAUCACCCCAUCAUACGUUAAUUACUCACGCCGACGAACCUAUUUAAAGGGGGAAAAUUCUAAAGUUUAAAUCUGACCUUUCUCGUCCCAUUUGAAAUUUGUAUCAUUCACAUAUACACACAUAAACAUGUCUGAAGCUCCCGUCGACCCGGCCCAAGCUUCGGGUUCUGUCCCUCCAGCCGAGGGCGAAGCUCCCGCUCAGUCCAAGAAGGGCGCAAAGAAGGCCGAGGCCAAGGCUAAGAAGGAAGCCGAGAAGGCCCGAAAAGCUGCUGAGCGAGAAGCUGCCGCCGCUGCUCAAAAGGCUGCUUCUGGCGGCAACGAGGAUCUCGCCAAGGACAAUUAUGGCGAUAUCACUCCUACUACCAAAGUUGCCGCUGACAAGGUGCAGUUAAAACACCUGGGAGACCAACAUAUUGGGAAAUCCGUGAAACUACGAGCCUGGAUUCAAAAUUCUCGUAUGCAAGGCGCAAAGAUGGCUUUUGUCGAGCUGCGAGAAGAGCGCAACUGGUCCAUACAGGGCGUCAUAUCUGCCAGCGCCGAGGGCAAGCCCGUCAGCAAGCAAAUGGCUAAAUGGGUUGGGAGCAUACGGCUAGAGAGUUUCGUCUUAGUUGAAGCGACCGUGCAAAAGCCUCUCGAGCCCGUCAAGAGCUGCCGUGUCAGCGACUACGAGCUACACUUAACAAAGGUCUAUUUAAUCGCUUCUGGCCCCGAGGUCCUUCCCCUGGGUCUCAACGCCGCCAACAGAGCUAUUUCUAGCUUCGAAGACGAAGACCCCUCAGCGCCCGCUGCUGCUGCCGCUGCGCCGGCAGAGGGUAUCGAGAACUUGAGCAUUACCGAGUCUGCGGUUGCGCCGUCUGCGAGCUUGUCCACCCACUUGAAUAACCCAGCUCUACACAAGCGAGCACCUGUACAGCAGGCUAUCGCCGAUGUUCGCAUGACCGUGCGCAAGCUAUUUAGCGAAUAUCUCGACUCUAAAGAUUUCGUCCAGUUCGAGCCCCCCUGCCUAAUCGGCGCCGCCUCCGAAGGUGGCGCGAACGUGUUUGCCCUGCCCUACUUCGAGAAGCAGGCUUUCCUGGCGCAGUCGCCCCAGUUCUACAAGCAGAUCGAAAUUGCUGGUGGCCGAAAGCGUGUUUACUGUAUCGGGCCCGUAUUCAGAGCAGAGAACAGCAAUACCCCCCGACACAUGACUGAGUUCACUGGUCUCGAUCUGGAGAUGGAAAUUGAAGACCACUACCACGAGGUCCGUGACAUGAUCGAAGGCGUCAUGCUUUACAUUUUCCGAGGCCUCCAGGAACGAUGCAAGGAGCAAAUCGAGCUAGUCCGGUCCAUUUACCCUUCGGACGAGUUCCUGCUACCGGAGCCCGGCAAGGAAGUACGGCUCACCUUCGCCGAGGGUCAGAAGCUGCUGCGCGAGGAAGGCCCCGAAGAGUUCCGCAACGUUUCGGACGACGAGGACAUGAGCACGCCGCAAGAAAAAGCGCUGGGGGCCCUGGUGCGCAAGAAGUUCGGCACAGACUUCUACGUGCUGGACAAGUUCCCCGAGGGCGCGCGCCCCUUCUAUACGAUCGAGGACCCGGAGAACCCCAAGGUCACCAACGCCUACGACUUCUUCAUGCGCGGUCAGGAGAUUCUGUCCGGCGGCCAGCGUAUCCACAUCCCCGAGCUGCUCGAGGCCCGCCUGCGCAAGAAGGGCAUCGACCCCGCGAGCCCCGGCAUCAAGGACUACGUCGACGUCUUCCGAUCCGCCGGCGUCCCGCCCCACGGCGGAGGCGGUAUCGGCCUCGAUCGUGUGGUUGCUUGGUAUCUAAACUUGCCCAGCGUGCAUCUCGCGAGCUAUUACCCUCGCACGCCCAAGAGGUUGACACCGUAAGGGGUGAGUAAGUACGUACCUAAGGUAUCUAGGUAGGUAAUGUGUGGUUUAGUUUUUUUUCUUUCUCGAGGCCUGCUUCGAUAAAUAAAGAAGGAAUGAGAGGGAAAUGUAAAUAGAAGAGGAGAAAUGAAGAAAUUUCUUAACGAUUCAGGGGCGACGACAACGACGACGUAUUGGUCAUACUCGAACCGAGAUUACGAGUAGAUUCCAUUAUAGAUACAACCCAAUAAAAUAAAAAUUUCCAAGUUAA